AGCCUUUGAACCCUUUGAUGUAUGCAAGAAAAAACAUUUAGAACAAAAUUUAGUCCCAGCACUUGAUGAUGUAGUUGUUAAGAUUGCCAAAUUGAGGAAAAGACAACCUCAAAGAUGCCGUGGUAAAGCAAGGGAAGUAACUAGCAAAAUAAUUCAUUAUUAUGUAAGUAUACUUACUUAAUUGUUGAACACAUAAGCUAAAACCUUCUUCAGCAAACUAGGAAAUGUGGUUUUGGUAUUGCACAUUUAAAAAAUUAUGUUGAUAAUAUUCUGUGUUACUGUACAAAUUAUGCAUAUGAAUAUUUGUUUCAUUGCCUUUUUGCCGAAUUGUUCUUUGUUUUGUCUCAAUGAAACAUUCACUCUACAUCUUUUAAUCUUUUUAAGUUAUAUUAUACUUAAUAGGGGUGUGCCGGACCCCGGUCCGGAAUCCGGUUCCGCCGGAUUUUGCACUAUCCGGUGAAAUCCGGUUCCGCCGGAUUUACAUGUAUCCGGAACAACCGGAUUCCGGAAUCCGGAAUAUACCGGAUUUCGGAAUUUGCCAGAUUUUGUGACUCACCGGAUCAUAAUCUGAAAUAAAAGUAAUUCUCUUUCCCGAAUUUCACACGAUCACGAUACAUUAAUCGAUUGUUUCGUGCGUUGAGCUUGUUUAAUGUUUAAUAUUCCGUACAUACCAGAGGCUAGAGUCAGCACCGCUAAUAGUGGCCAAUAGUGUAGGGACUUUGAUAAGAAAAUUUAAACUUUUUGUAAAAAUAAACCAAUGGCAUAGUUGAAAAGAUGUAAUUUUUUAAAGAAUUAUAACACCAAAAUCAUAUUUUUAGCUGUUGUAGUUUUAAAGUUAUGAAUUUUUAAAGUACGACUUGGUUUGUCAUUUUUUAACAUGGACUGCAUCUCCACAUUCUGUGAUCUCAUUCCACCAAUCCCGUCAUGCGCAAUGACUAUAUAGUUUAUAUAAGGCAACGCAUUCCCUGCCUUAUCACUAAAAUACUGUUUAGACUUAGUUUAAACUUUCAACUUUGGCACAUGAAUAAUUAAUUAAAGCUUUCCCUGACCAAUGGUUUAAUAGUUUUUGCACACGGCAAACUCUUAUGAAUGAAACUCUGAGGUAGUACUACGAUACAGUUAUGCAAGUGGCUGUGAAUGGUUGCCAAUGACAACGUGUUGCACACGGUAAAUUCUGAUCAUUUAUAAUAUGGAUUCUACCGGGUUGUUAAAGCUCAAAUUAAAACAUUCCAGUUUAAAUGUCUUUAAAUGCAUUCUGAAACACAAGUUAUCAAUUAUUUUGAUGUAAAUAGUGAUAAUAAAUUAAUAUUUCCUAAGUAUCGUCAACUUCCGCCAUUAAAAAGGGGGGCGUGGCCAACCCCAUGGCGAAAUUAGGUUGAGCGAGCUGCAUAACCUGCUGCGAACGCGUAGAAACAUGGCGUCUCUCGUAAGACACUUAUCCAAAUGGAACGGAACUCAAAUAUAUAUCGAAAGUACUAAUUUAAUAAUAAAUAGACACACACAUCGGAAAAUUAAAAACUCGGAUUUUUUGGCGCCGAUUGCGAAUUCCCAUACACAAAAAGUAGUAGUCCACCUUGACUUACCGAAGUAUCUACCAAUAGUACCAAAAUCCGGAAUCCGGGAGAAACCGGAAUCCGGAUCCGGCGGAUUUCGCAUAAGAAAAACCGGAUCCGGAUCCGGUUGGAAAAAACGGAUCCGGCACACCCCUAAUACUUAAUACUUUUAAAAUGUGGUGUUUUGUUGAGUCACCUCAGGAUGCAGUGAAAUGUGUACAGAGAAAUUGAGAAAUGUAUUUUGAUUUGGUAUAAAAGCUAUAGGAAGCAUGAGUAAAUGUUGUCUUGGAUGAAUGGAAUACAGCAGAAAUUUCAAAGAGCAGCAAUUUCAAAGGUUUCCUCUAUACGAGUGGUUCUUAACCUUUUUGGAGGUACCGAACUCCACCAGUUUCAUAUGCGCAUUCACCGAACCCUUCUUAAUAGGAAAAAUAAAAUAAGAUUUAUGUUCUCUUUUUUUUUUUUGGGCCCACGCCGAACCCCUGGGGUUGGAUUGAACCCAGGUUAAGAACCACUGUUCUAAACAUAUGUUAUACAAAUGACGAAUACAACCAUUAAAUUUAUAAUUUAUGUAAUCAAAAUUUGAAAUAGCCAUAUUUGUUGAAUGAGGUAUAUUAAAUUCAUCCUUGAGAUAUAGGUUACUUUGAUAAUGAAAUCCACUCUAUUUGUGAUAUACCUGAUAAAAAGACAAUUACUUUAUGUACUACUUUUUCAAUUUUUUUUAUUGUUUAAUCUUUCAAAUCAAAUCUGCAAUACCUUUAAAAAAAAAUAUUUUCACAGAGUAGUGUUUGUGUCAAAAGUAAUUCAUCUAUGAGGCCAUGCUUUUCUAACCAGUAUCAAGAUGAGCUUAGAAACUCAACAGAUGGAAGUAUUCCAGAAAAUUUGAAUACAUUUGCCAAGGUAUAAAAUAUUUAAUAUAUUUUGAAAUACAAAAUAAAACUUUGAAUCUUCUCAUUACUUAUGAAUUGAAAAAAAAGUUUUAAUUAUUGAUAAACUUUGUGAGACUUUUAUCUUCUAUCUUUUAAAUUGUUUGAUUUUAAAGCCUCACGAAUGAUUUUAAAAGAUCUACUUUUGAAGUUAUUUCUUACUACCUAUUUAUUUUAAUGAAAAACUUCUUUUUGAACUAUCAGUGCCAAGAAGACGGAGCCCUUUUCGCAAGCCCAGCAAUUACUUUGCAAAAAAAAAAAAUUUGUUAAGCAUAAAUUAAUUACUAAACAAAUGAGAUAUCCUGAUCUGCAGAAUUUUGGUGAAUUUUCUGAGUUUAAAGCGUAAUUAAGUCCAACAAACAUUUGAAUAAGAUUCAAUGUGGAAAAACUGCAUAAAAUAUUCCACUGGGUUAGCUUAUGCUGUGUGGAAGAGGUCCAUGAUCUAUAAUUUAGCCUUCAUUUUUGCAGCUUUUUAAAGAAAUCUGACACAAAAAUUAUGGUUGAAAUAUGAUAAAGCUGUGAAUUUUUCUUUCUUUUAAUUUCUGUUUAGUAGAAAAAAAGUACUCUCUUUUUAUAAGUUAUGUGUGUAGGGAAUUUUACUUGUCAUUUGCAAUAACUGUAGCUAUCUAGAAAAACAGGUUUCCCGCCACUACUAUACGCCAGAAACAUAAAUCUUACAUGAAAACAAUAAGAGGAAUGGAAUUAGGGGUUUGGUGGAUGUCAUGUAAUUUGUGAGAUUGUUAGGAAAGAGGAAAGAUAAAUCUUAUUUUGGUUAAAAAUAAUUUUUGUUUGACAUUGGUGGUUAGUUAUGCUUUUCAUUUCAAGCUUCAGUAUAUUUUUAGAGAUUUAUGCCCAAUAUUAUUAAUGUUCCCACACCAUGUUUCUUCGGCCAACAGGAGACCGGAAUGUCCAUUCCUCAAACACUGAAUGUUUGGUUUAUCAUGGAAAGAUUGUACUGCUGGGUCACAAAAUAAAAGUCUAGGUAGUUGAUUAUUUACUAAAUUUGUAUACUGAGUCAUUAUCAUAACAAUUUGAUCAUGCUUUAAUUUUUGCUUUCACAGAUUAUAAAAGACAGCCUUGAUGAAAUAAAAAAACUUCAACAGUUUAAAGACAACCAGAAACUCAUCAGCACAUAUUCACAUGAUCCAACGAAGAGAAAACCCCAGCCUAAAAUUUACACCCGUCAUUUAUUUCAUGCUGAUUUUUAUAUUGAUGAAAAUGAAAGUUAACAAACAAGAAUUGAAAGUAACUGUCCAAUUUCAAAACAUUUAUUUAUCUAUUGAGAUGGCCACAAAUGAAUUUUUUUUACUCUCUGUAGCGAGGUUAUUCAUGAUGAUUUGCUUAAAGUUUCUGUCCAGAUACUUGGCAAAUGUAUUUGGACCUUGUAGUCACAUUGAGUCUAUUUUUAAAUAGUACCCUUGAGUUUGAGUGUUAAUUUUUGUUUCACUGCUAUGAUAUUUUUGUUAUGUCUGGAUUUCAUAGACAGACAUUUUUUUUUUUUAAAUCUGGAGCUAAUUUGUUUGAAGUAUUUGUAUACAAUCAUAUUUGAUUCAAAAUAAUGAAUGAAAACUAAUGUUGAUGUUCAAAUAAAAUUAAAUGUAUUCAGU